AUGGCACUCAAACGCACCACACACUACUCUAGCUCUGUGAAGCCUGCGCAGUGUGACGGAUUAGAAGAAGAGUGGACCGUGGCGGCUUUAAGAGGGAAACUUUGUGAGUGCUACGUCUGCGCUUCCAACGAGCCGUACCGUAAAGUGGACUACUCCAAGAUCUCAGUCCCGAGCUGGAAACCGGGCGCAACAUCUUCGGUUUCGACUCGGAACCAGACUCAGUUCUCUGGAGCCUCCACACACGCCCCCGCCACGGGCCCCAAGGAGCGCUCAGAGGGCCGGGAAGGACGCGAGGGCCGUGAAAGCAAGGACUACAUCAAGCCCAAACUGGUGACGGUUAUCCGCAGCGGCGUCAAACCCAGGAAGGCAGUGCGCAUCCUGCUCAACAAGAAGACGGCACAUUCGUUUGAUCAGGUGCUGGCCGACAUAACGGAGGCCAUCAAACUGGACUCUGGCGCCGUGAAGAGGCUGUAUACGCUGGACGGAAAACAGCUGACGUGCCUGCAGGAUUUCUUCGGCGAUGACGAUGUGUUCAUGGCCUGUGGGGCGGAGAAGUUCAGAUACGCUCAGGACGACUUUGUUCUCACGCACUGUGGAAAAACGCCAGCUUUCGUUAACGAGUGCAAAACCAAGACUCCCCGUCCCGCUGCGUCUCAAAAAACUCCCAGAACCCCGAGCGGCUCCGGUCUGACGUCAAACAAGGCGCCUUCUAGAGGACUGUCCCGGACCAAGUCUCCCGUAGCAGUCAAUGAGCCACAGUCUGCUCCGAAGUCAAGAAAUAGUCCCUCUCCGACAAGUCCUGGAACACGCCACAGCAAGCUCUCGCCCAGACGCUCCUCCUCCACAGACGUGAACGGAGACGCAGAGCAGCCAGAGGAGGACGUCGAAGUGAACGGAAACCUUUUGAUUUCUUCGUCAAUGAUCAACGAGAAAUACAGAGUCGGGAAAGUGAUCGGAGACGGGAACUUUGCUGUGGUGAAAGAGUGUGUGGAAAGAGCGACUGGACAAGAGUACGCACUGAAGAUUAUUGACAAGGCUCGCUGCAGUGGAAAGGAACAUCUAAUUGAAAACGAGGUGGCAGUUCUGCGGAGAGUCAGACAUCCGAGUAUUAUCCAGUUAAUCGAAGUGGACGAGACCCCGACUCAGCUGUUCCUGGUCAUGGAGCUCGUCAAGGGAGGGGACUUGUUUGAUGCCAUCACUUCCUCCACUAAGUACAGCGAGCGAGACGCCAGUGCCAUGGUCUUCAACCUCUCCGGGGCCAUCAAGUACCUCCACCGCAUGAACAUCGUGCAUCGAGACAUCAAGCCUGAAAACCUGCUGGUGUGCGAGUAUCCAGACGGCACCAAGUCUCUGAAGUUGGGAGACUUUGGUUUGGCCACAGUGGUGGAGGGUCCUCUCUACACGGUCUGUGGAACUCCCACCUACGUCGCUCCAGAGAUCAUUGGAGAGACUGGUUAUGGGCUGAAGGUGGACAUUUGGGCGGCUGGAAUCAUCACCUACAUCCUGCUGUGUGGGUUUCCUCCUUUCCGAAGUGAGAAUAACGUCCAGGAGGAGCUGUUCGAUCAGAUCCUCAGAGGGAAGCUGGAGUUUCCGUCUCCGGACUGGGACGCCAUCAGCCUCUCAGCAAAGAUGUUGAUCAGUCAGAUGCUGCAGGUGAAUGUCGACGCUCGGUUCACAGCUGAAGAGGUCCUGUCUCACCCCUGGGUCACGGAUGAGCCGCUGGGAGAUCCCAACAAUGUGAGCUCCCCUGAAGACCAACCUGAAGACCAGGACCUGAACCUGAAUCUGAACCCCGAAGAGUCCCCUGUUUUAGAGACCAGACAGAUCCCUUCACCUAUGGUCUAG